AUGGGACAAAUCCUCGCUGUUGCUCCCGAGUUCACUGAAGUCCUCACCUGGAUUCUACACUACGGCGACUCCGCCACAACCCCACACUCCGGCAGGCAACCCCUAAUCGCCUCCAUCACCACCGCGUACAAAUCCGGCGCUUCCUCCACCUCCUCUAUGUCACCCCCCGCCAACGCCGCCUUCGUAGGCGCUAUGUGGUACCGGCCCGUCCCAACUUCCUGCUCUGGCGGCGACGUACCGCGGGGCGCGAGGACGGGGCUCAAUGUUGUGAAUAAUGCGAUCGUGCUGCCUGCCCCCUGGUGGGGAUGGAGGGGGGGGAGGUGA